GCGCGGCGGCGGCGGCGGCGGCGGCGGCGCUGGCCAUGGCCCCCUGGCUGGGCGCCGCGCUGCUGCGGCUCUCCCCCCUGGGCGCCCUGUGGCUGAUCCUGGCCUGCGCCUUCCUGCUGGCCCUGCUGCUGCAGACCGCGCCGCCCAGCCUCUUCCCCCGAGGGCCCCUGGCUCUGUCCACCUUCUUCCAGGACCUGAUCCGCUACGGCAAGACCAAGAGCGUGGGGCCGCAGCGCCCGAGCUCCUACGAGGUCUUCGACGUCCCCAAGAGGUGGUUUUGCCAUUUCUAUGUCAUUUCAGUGGUGUGGAAUGGCUUCUUGCUUCUCUGCCUUAUCCAAGCCCUGUUCCUAGGAACGCCCUUUCCAGGAUGGCUUCAGGAUUUGCUCCGAAAACUCGGGGCUUCACAAAUGCAAGGGGAUGAGCUGGUGCUGUCCGCCUUCUUGGUUCUGGUGUUCCUGUGGCUGCACAGCCUGCGGAGGCUCUUCGAGUGCCUCUUCAUCAGCGUCUUCUCUGGGAGCGUGAUCCACGUGGUGCAGUACGGCUUUGGGGUCUCUUACUAUGUGAUUAUCGGCUUAACUGUGCUGAGCCAAGUGCCCGUCGAUGGCAGAAACGUUUAUGUAGGGAAAAGUCUGCUGAUGCAAACGCGCUGGUUCCAUAUCCUGGGGAUGAUCAUGUACAUCUGGUCAUCUGUCCAUCAACACAGAUGCCAUGUCAUCUUGGCUAAUAUGAGGAAGAAUGAUUCAGGAAAGGUCAUUCACUCUAAAUACAGAAUCCCUUUUGGAGACUGGUUUGAAUAUGUUUCGGGGCCUAAUUAUUUUGCAGAACUGAUGAUCUACGUGUCCUUGGCUGUCACCUUUGGAUUCUACAAUUUCACCUGGUGGCUUGUGGUAUUAUAUGUGCUCUUCAGCCAGGCCUUGGCGGCUGUUCUAAGUCACAGAUUUUACCUGAGCAAAUUUGACUCCUAUCCAAAGCACAGGAAGGCUUAUGUGCCAUUUUUAUUUUAAGAUUGUCUGUGUCUUAAUAACAAACAAAAUAAAACUUUUUCAGGUUCUGAGCAAAAGGAUUUACUCCUAAGAGCAAAAGGGACAGGAUAAUGGCAUAAAAAGAGAAUUAUUUUUUGCUAAGGUUUGUUGUGCUGGGAAGAAAUAUCCAAAAAUAGUGCUUCCGGUUUUUGUUUUUGUUUUUAUGUGAAGACCAAAAUGGAUAAAAUAGCCUCAUGAGCAGAGAGAAAGAAACUUCAAGAAAUAAGUGUUUCUAAGAGGAUUCUAGGGCUUAGAAAACAAACCAAGUACAAUAUAUGAGACUGUUAUAGGUCACUUCCAAAGCACACUAGUGAAGAACUAUUAAAAUGCUUCUGGGGGAAAAAAAAGAAGAAGAAAAAGAAGAAAUAAGAUAGCCUGUGGCUCUGGAUGAUUGAUACAUUCAGCAUGAGGUUUACUAACUGGGCUGUAUAGCAAAAGACAUACCUCCAAUCUUUUGCACUCUGUUAAUAUCUGAAGACGACAAAAUACUCCAGAAUCUUACAGAUGGUUCCAGGGAAAACAGGCUUUUUGUAGCUAGCUUAUGCUUUGGCAAGCCACUGUCAAAAAGCUCCGAGAAGUUGGAAGCACCUAUAGACACUUUGCUUGGUUCCUAAUCUAACUUGAAUCCUCAGUGAAAAUCCUGUUUUCAGGUUGCAUGUUGUGGGACCAUCUUAUAGUUGUAAACUUCUUAAAAUGACAAUUUUUUUGAUAGUUCAGAAUCUAAAACAUCUUGAACUUAUGUGAUCAUGAAUUCUGUGUAGCAGAUAAUGCUACAAGGUUUUCAUUGUCAUUAUUCAACUGACCCAGAUUUGCCUGAGUUAGUUUCCAUUAUGCGAAGAGCCUAGUCUAUUGGAUUUAGCCAUUUAAGCAGCAUUGUAUAAACAAAUGCUGACGUGCUGACUAGUCUCCCCACAAAGGACUUAUGGAUCCUUACCUUUGAAAGACUUACAAUAUUUCCGUUAGGACUUAUCUCAGACUGAAAAAGUCCACAUUUAUGUAGGAAAGGGAUGAUGUUUACACUUAUAAUAAUAAACAUUAAGAAUUAAGCAUCAGACUUGGUUAAAGAAUCAUUUGUGAUGCAUGAGCAAGUGAUUCCUAAACAUGAAGAAAUAGUCCAGCCUUCUUCCUCAUUGAAAUUCUCCACAGUAUGAAGAAUAUAGCACUAGACUUGCUGCUUUGUAGGUUAAGAUAUUACUUCUUACUCAAAUUCCUUUUGUUAAGCUCCCAUACAAUAAUCUUGCUUAAAAGCACAAAGGGAUGACAGCCACGUUCUCUUGAAAGAGCAAAUAUCUUUGUCACUGGCUGGAGGUAUAAGGAUGGAAAAUCCAAAAACAUUCUCCUCCCAUUAGAAGUGCAGAUAAAUCAGAUGAUGUUGUUGACCUCUUUUCAGACUUCAAGUUUUUUCAGUAAUAUCAAGUAUAUUCUUACAAAAACACUCUCCUUUCCAAUUACGUCUGAUUUUCAGCAUAGUUAAUACUGUGUUUAUCUCUUUUUUUUUUUUUGAAAAAAGUACUCUCUUUUUAUCUUCAAAAUAUAUGCAGAGAUAGUUUUCAGGAUUAACCCUCGCAAUAGUGUGUUUAUCUCAAUCAAAUCAGAUCUGUUCUGUGGUAUGUGUAAGCCAUGUUACCACCCAAUUAGAGACGGUGGUAUAGAUGAUAAUGAAAGGGGAAAGAGAAAAGAAUUGUUCCUUUUGAGUUUAUUCAAGAGCUGCUUUGAUUUCUAAGGGUUAAGGUUCAGUUAACCUAUCAUCUCCCUCACAGGUGAAUAUUUGCAACACAAAACCAUUAUCCUCUACUAAUAAAUAGGAUUCUACUUUCUUACAUAUUACUUUUCCCUCCAAAAAAAAAAAAAAAAAAAAACAUCAGAAGCUGCUUUCCUCUCUUGUUUUCUCCCUUAAUCUUCACUUCAUUAGAAACCAUGAUGGCCCAAACACAAUCCAUGUUCCCCCCACUCUUCCCCUAAUGUAACUUGUAUGAAAUUUGAGUAUGGUACUAUAAGGAUUGGUGUCUUUCUCCCCCUUCAAGUUUAGCAAUACAGUUUCCCAGAGAAACACAUUAGUUAUUAUUCAGACAUAACAAGAGAAUCUUUGACAUAGUUCAAGAAUGAAACUUCUCCUCUGGAAAUGUCAAAUACAUUACAGUCACUUUUGAUUUCAGCCACAUGGUACAAAUAAUCCCAAACAUCAGAGAAUCAGAAUCAUUAGGAAUUGGCUCUAGAAAUCAUUUUUCAAUUCAAUAUGGGAAUA